AUGACCACUCUUCUCUACACUCUGUACUUCCUCCCCACGACCCUGGCCACCAUUGGCGUGGGUCUUUCUCCCAGCGGCGUUACGCAGCUGUUCGGCAAUUUAUUCGGCCAGCCCGGAGUGAAUGCCACCUAUGACUACAUUGUGGUUGGAGGGGGCACAGCGGGCAAUGCAAUUGCCGCACGACUAGCCCUGGACCCGGCCAAUUACUCGGUGGCAGUGGUCGAGGCCGGUUCGUUCUAUGAGAUCCUCAACUCGAAUCGUACUCAGGUUCCCGGUUAUGACUUUUACUCGGCGCUGGCCAACUUUGUGGGGGGCUCUCUCGAAAGCCUCACCAAUUUUGGGUUGAAGACUGCACCUCAAGGGGGUUACAAUGGUCGCGAGAUCAUGUAUGUUGCCGGCCAGACUUUUGGCGGAAGCUCAGCCUCGAACUACAUGGGAUAUGCGCGAGCCACCGUGGGCACGUUCGAUGAAUGGUCCAAGGUCGUCGGCGAUGAUUUCUGGUCUUGGGACAACGUGUACCCUGCGUACAAGAAAAGUUGCAACUUCACCCGGCCCAACUAUGACAAGAUCGACCCGUCCUUCAACAUAUCCUACGAUGCGUCGGCCUUUGAGAGCGGUGGAGGACCCCUGCAAGUAUCGUACGGCAACUAUCUCGGCCCAUACGGCCCGUACCUGGAAGAAUCACUCGACAAGCUCGGAUUCGAGCGGAUCCCAGGACUGAACAGUGGGCGGCUGAUUGGUUAUGCUACUAUCACGGCCGCCAUUGACCCCAAGGAAGCGACUCGCAGCAGCUCGGAAACCUCGUUUCUGCAGCUUGCGGCACAGAACUCGAAUAUCAAACUGUACCCACAAACGAUGGGUUCUCGGAUUCUGUUUGAUGGGAACAAGCGCGCCACGGGCGUCGAAGUGCAGACAAACUCGUUGAUGGCCAAUUUCAAGUAUCAUCUCAAUGCCAACAAGGAGGUCAUUGUCUCCGCCGGUACCUGGCACUCUCCACAGAUUCUACUGCUGUCUGGCAUCGGCCCAUCAGAGACUCUCCAGAAGUACAACAUCCCCGUAGUGGUGGACUUGCCCGGAGUGGGUCAGGGAGCGAGGGAUCAACCCUGGAUGGCCCUGUCGUACAAGGUCAAUGUGACCACUGGUACUCAAGUGGCUGCAGGUAAUACCGAGUUCUCUGCGGCCCGAGUGGAAGAAUAUCUGUACAACCAAACGGGUCUGCUCUCCAGCAUUGGAGGAGGCCAAGCUCUGGCAUUUGAGAAAUUCCCCGAGUCCUAUCGUCAAGAAUUCAGCCAGUCCACCCGGGAUUUCCUCAACACCUUUCCCCGAGAUUGGCCCGAGGUCAACUAUCUCUCCUUGGAAUAUGGCUCAUACCCGUCCGACCUGGGCCCCGAUGACAACUACCUCACCAUUGGCUCGGCCCUGCUCACCACCUCUGCUCGGGGCAAUCUGACCAUCCAGAGCUCGGAUAUUGCUGAUCCUCCGAUCAUCAGCCCCAACUGGCUUCUUGACGAGGGUGAUCAGGAACAGGCCAUUGCCGCUCUUCAGCGGAUUCGAGAGAUUGCUUUCAACAGUACGAUUGUCGAGGAAGAAUAUCUGCCCGGGCCCAAUGUGACGACUCGCUCGGAGAUUCUCGAGUGGCUCAAAAACAAUAUGAGUCUGAUCUACCACGCUACUUCGUCAUGCAAGAUGGGGGCUUCCAACGAUACCACCGCAGUCGUCGACUCGCGGGCCCGUGUGCGUGGGGUGACCGGCCUGCGUGUCGUCGACGCCAGUGCUUUCCCGUUUGUGCCUCCAGGAUUUCCCAUGGCCACUGUCUACAUGUUCGCGGAGAAGAUUGCCGAGUCCAUCCUCGAUGGUCAAUGA